AUGGAAGAGAAAUACGCCAAGGAUUUUGUUGAACUCCCGAGGGUUGUAUUUUGUGGAAAUCAAUCGGCUGGCAAGAGCAGUUUAUUGGAAGCAAUUGCUAAUGUUCAGCUUCCAAGAUCGCAUGAAACGUGCACUCGAUGUGUAAUGGAGAUUCGUAUGAACGAGACAUCAAAAACUAGUAAUUGGGAGUGCAACAUCUCCUUGCGUAAAGAAUACGAUAAGAACAAUAAACCGCUUCCAGAGACAGACAGGAAAACUUAUCCGUUUGGCGAGACUUUACACAAUCCGAAAGACGUUGAAUUGAUGGCAUAUCGUGCUCAAAAAGCACUCUUAAACCCAAGCGAAAAGCCUGACCUCUAUCUUAAUCACCAACGGCCUGACGAACCAAAAAAAGAAAAAAACGAGAUUAAGUUUUCCAUGAAUAUCGUGUGUUUACACAUUACGGGACCAAACGUUCCUAAUUUAAGUUUGGUCGAUUUGCCGGGAAUUAUCGAACACAUGAUAAACGUACCACCAGCUGUUUCACGGCAACUUGUUGCUACGAUAAAAAGCCUCACUACGGAAUAUGUGGAAAAACCCAAAUCUAUAAUUGUCGCUACCAUUCCUUGCGAUUCAGAGGAUGAACAUCAAGGUAUUCACAACAUAAUAAACGAAGUCGACCCGGAGAAAAGUCGUACGGUAUUUGUCCUAACCAAACCAGACCGCAUUCAAGACAAAACGCAUGGACGAUGGGUACAGAAACUUGAAAAUUUAUCAGGACCGGACUAUUUCGUAGUUAUGAAUCCGAAUCAGGCAAAAUUAAUCAAUGGAGUGAC